AUGUCCGCUCAACCCACCAGCACCACGCCUCCUCCGCCGUCGUCGGAGCCCACGGCCACCGCCGAUAUCAAGCCGCCGCCGCCGCCCCUGUUUUCCGCCGCCGAUGCCGACGCGCGGCCGAAGAAGCGGAAGCUGGAGGAGGUGGGUUUCCACCAAUCGCCCUACUACAAGAUCAGAGCAGCCGUCGCCAACCUCCGCGGCCGCUUCCUUCAGGUUUGCCGAGCUACUGAUUUCCGAAAGGAUGAUGCUGCUCUUGAGAUCCUGAAAGUCUGUUACAUUUCUUCUGCCCCUGCUCAUUCACCCUGUGUUGCAGAGAUAAAGGUUGUCAUGGAAUUAUCCAAGAAAAUGCGGCUGGAUAUAUCUGCUGCUGCUGGUGAGCCUAUAAAACCAUUGGACAUACCUGCAGCUAGAGCUGUCCAGAACAAGACUGCAGGAGAAGUGCCAUCUGUAGCGAAGAAUCAAGUUCCUCAGGCUCAGAUAGGCCAGGAUGCAAUGUUUCUGCACAAUACAGGUGGGAAGGUACCACUCAAGCAUGCUAGCUCGCCGGCUGCGACAAUGGGGAUUCAGCGGGAAUCCAAUGCGAGCGAGAUAGCAAACCGUACCAAUCAGUUGGGCGACGGUGUGAAAGGUUCUUAUGUCAUCGGCGGAUCUCCCAUGGGCUGGAAUUUCCGUAUGUGGCCUGGUGGCAAAGCGGUCUACUAUGGCUUGAGCAAAGUAGAGUGGUUGGCACUACAAGCUGCAAAGUGAAACCUCACUCUCACCCAAAAAUCUAACAAGUACUUCGCCAUUAGAUCUUCCCUUCUUCAGAGAUAACCUAGUUGUUUGUUAGUGGCCUGAUGUGGUAUAGUAACUAGAUAGUAGUGCUUGAGACGAGACUCUUGGCGCCAGAACAUGGUGAGACAUAGCAGUCUCACCAGUAAGUAUCAUUUUGGAACUUUUCGUUGAAUCUGCAGGGCAGUCAGUACUUGGUAUAUAUACAAUGGUCUGUUUGCA